UGCUUCUUCUGCUUCUCCCUCUUCUAUCCCACACCCCAGCUGUUUCCGUAAGACUUCUGCUAUUUCACUUCAAAACACACUUUCUGGCUCAUUUGCUUUGUUGAAGCUCACUUUUCUUAUUUUCUCCUUGCCUUAUCUCCAAUACCCUCUUGAAUAUGUCUGCAGAUUGGACUGUUGAUCCUGAUACAAAAAGGAAGUUGCUCAUUUUGCAAAAAAUCGGUUCAAACAAAAAAUGUUUUGACUGUUCUGCACCAAAUCCACAAUGGGCCUCGCCAAAAUUUGGUAUCUUUAUUUGUCUUGAAUGUGCUGGAAUCCACAGAGGUUUAGGUGUCCAUAUAUCCUUUGUUAGAUCAAUUACCAUGGAUCAAUUUAAAAAUGAUGAACUACUAAGAAUGCAAAAGGGCGGCAAUCAAAACUGUGCAGAAUACUUGAAAGAAAAUGGUAUUAAUUUAAAUUGGGAUGCUAAAAAGAAAUUUGAUAAUCCUGUUGCUGAGGAUUAUAAGGAAAAACUAACUUGCGAAAUUUCAAAUAAACCAUUUGUGAAAAAAUCACAUUCCAAUUCCAGUAACUCCAGUUCAGCUUCAAACAUACCAUCAAGCUCUAUCAAUAAUAAUUCUCCAAUAGGCUCUCGCAGAGGAACUCCAACUUCUUUUUCAAACUCUGCAUCAAACUCAAAUGCAAACCUCAAUUCUUUCUCAAACAACCCAAAUAAUUCCAACAGUUCCAAUCAAAUUUUGUCUGCAAAUAAGCAAAGAAAUGAAAACUAUUUUGCUUCUUUAGGUGCCAGAAACGAGUCUCGCCCUGAAAAUUUACCUCCCUCUCAAGGUGGGAAAUAUUCUGGUUUUGGUAAUACUGCUGCUCCAAAAACUCAAUCUUCUUUAUCGACUUUAUCGUUUGAUAACUUGCAAAAAGAUCCUCUCGGUACUUUGACUAAAGGUUGGGGCUUAUUUGCUUCAUCGGUAGUUAAAUCUGUUAAUGAAGUCAAUGAAAGUGUUAUAAAACCAAAUUUACACACCUUACAAGAAAAAGAUAUAGCUAAUGAAGCUAAAAGAGCUGUAUCUCAAUUUGGUUCAAAAAUUCAAGAUGUUCAACGUAGUUUCAAUCAAAAUAAUCAAAUUAAUCACAAUAACAACAUCAAUUCGAACCAAUUUGCUUUUAGAACUCUGAAUAAGAAAAAUGAAAAUAAAUUUGGAAAAUUGUUCGAUGAUUUAGGUGAAGAACAAAGUUUAAUGCAUGAUAAUAAUGGUGAUAAAUUGAUUGAGCCUGCUUUCGGUUUACAAAAACCAAGAGAAAAGACUAAUUUACAAGGCUUAUCUGGCGGAAGAACUGUUCAAAAAAAGAAAAGAGAUGAUUGGGACAAUUGGGAUAAUUUUUAAUUAUUAAAAUCAGACCUUGUCAUUAUUAUUUUUUCUUAUUUUAUCUU